UAUGAGUUGUGCCUCCUUCUCUCUUACCUGCUCUUACUCCCUGCUUUAUACUCAAAGCGAAUUCAAAGUGAUCGAGUCAUCGUCAAGAAUGGCAGAUUGGAUUGCAAUGAAAUUAAAUCACUUUAGCGAUUUAUAUAACGUACAGCAAAGAGAAGAAGUGUUAACUGAAAUAAAGAUCAAAUUCGCAAAUUUAGAUCCUGAUGAAGCUGUAGAAAUCACAAGAAAUUUGGACUUAGCGAGGUUGCUUUGUCAACUCAUCGCAAUCGACAAAGAUUUUAGAGAGCAACUGUGCGAUGCUCUAACUGUUCUAUUCAAGGCUGCAGAGCCAGGUCAAUUCUUACAUCGCUACACUCGAGAAUUACGUGAAUUAUUAACACACCGGGAAGCUGCUCUUAAAAUAUUAGCUCUUCAAGAAAUUGACAGAGUAGCAUCACAUCCAAAUUCAUUACCAUUAUUGUUAACAAAACUUUAUCUACUUUUACAUGUCAUUCAAACAGUGGCAGACAAUAACCUUGACGUAGCAAAACAUUCAAUGGACAUUUUGAAAAAAAUUGGUAGAAAUCCCGAUGGGUUGAAAACAUUAUAUGAAGGUGAAUUGCUAAGGACAAUUGCCAAAUUAUUAAAAACCAAUGAUGUUGUCACAUUUAGAGUUUAUGAAGUUAUAGUUGAUAUUGCAAAUCAUAGCAAAGAGUGUUUAGAGGCUUCAAUAAAAUCAGGCUUUUUACAAAGUCUUAUUGAUAAACUUGAAAAUGAUGAUAUUUUGUUGCAACUGAAUGCAUUAGAAACUUUGACUUCACUUGCUUUGCAUCAGGAAGGUCUGAACUAUUUGGAGCAACAUGGUGUGUUGCAGCAGUUGUCACAAAAAAUUGCUCAAGCUCAUGAGACACCGCUUUCAAGUUUACUCAUCCCUGGUCUAAUGAAAUUCUUUGGAAAUGUUGCUCAAUUAUGUCCGAAUGACAUAUUUUCAAGAUAUCCCCCGGUCAUAUCUGCCCUAUUUGAAGUCAUUGAAAGCAAUGAUCAGACCCUUUUGGCAAUUGCAUUAGACACAUUAGGUUACAUAUCAACAACAGUAAAAGGUAAAUAUGCUCUUCAAGAUCUAGGAUAUCCUAUGCUUAAUGCUCUAAAGAAAAUUGGAGAUGUUAUUCAAAAAAUGCCUUCAGAACUCAGAGUGCGUGGAUUAAAUAAUUUGACUGUUAUAUUGAGUGUACCAAAGGCAGAGCAAGAUAAUAGAAUAUUAUCACUGACAAAAUCAUGGUUUGAUGAAAUCUGCGAAAAACCAUUAGAAAUCAUUUCAUCUCUGUGCAGACAACCAUUUGCUGAUAUUAGACAAGCAAGUUUGGAAGUAUUAGCUGUUAUUGGAGCUCAAGAAUGGGGUCAAGAAUAUAUUGCCAAUCAUCCAGGCUUAGUUGAAUUUUUAUUGGACAGGAAUGUGGAGUCUUUCAAGGAAUGCAAGGAAGCUAAAUUUGAAGUCGUGAAAAAUCUAUCGGACUCUGUGCCAAACAUUUUCGAUGCUACAACAAUGCAGAGGAUCAAGAAGUUCGUUAGUGAAGGACCUUUCUUUGUCGAGACAAUUACGGAAAUCGCUAUUGAGGGAGCAUCAUAAUGAUUUAAA